AUGAGUGCUUUCGAGAGGCCUCGCACCAUGGGCACCUUGACUGUAGCAUCUACGCGCAGGGCGUUCCAGCCCAGUGGUGCUGCACCCUCACAGCUCGCUUUGACAGACCUCAAUGGUGGCUUGCCCAGCCUGAACUGCCAGCCGCGCAACAAAAAGUGUUCUGUCGGGGGUGCGAUCAACGAGGUCCCGGACAAGGUCACGAACCAGGAGGAACUGACAACAAUUCCUUGUGUCAUAUUGCGCCUUGAGUAUGUCCCGGAGCACUUGCUUGUUACCAUUCAGGUUCCUGCUGCACAAGAUGAGGCAAUUGAGGCUGCACAGGUUGCUCGCCGACAUGAUUCGGCUGCCCUGUUUCCCAACCUCCUAUCCAUCUUACCGCAGCCAGCACACGGGGUAGCAGUUCUUGCGGCUUUCCCCCCAUGGGCCCAUGGCACUGACCUUGUCUGUUUGGACACCACAUCAAUAGAUGGCCGCCUCUUCCUGGUUCAGGCACCGCAGUACUGCUCAAAACCUGAGCUUGUCAAGCUUGUCGGACUCCUUCGAGGAAUAGAGUAUGAGGUCCUUUUUGGGGUCGAUCAGGUUCCCAUUGACGAGGACCCGGUGCAUCUGUUCCCUGGAGCUCUGAUUACCUUUCUCCAUAUCGGGUCGCCGCAUCCUGUCAACUACACCCUGGGUGCGCUGCUGCAGUCCCGAUACUUCUGGGACGGUGGAUGGGCAGAAGCCCCUCCCCUCCAGCAUUUCGUGCACUUCAGCCCCGGCGACGUCAUCACUGUCUCAUUUGAGCCGGACCCGUCUCACGUUUGGGACGACACCGGGCCCAAUACUGCCAAGCAACAAUCCUGCGGCAUUGACUGCCUGCGGACCGAUGGAGACAGCACGUGGAUUGCGGGUAUAACUAUUGACGCUCAUACCAGUGAGCCCCUGCAGGACACCUCUGCACUCUCGGUCCGUCAUGGCGUCACCUGUGCAGUCAGUGACACCAUUGCACCGCCAGCAUCUCACCUCCGACCCAUUGCCACCCCUUGCCGAGGGUCGACUGAAACGGUUGAGUGUUGGACUCGGUUUGAGGGUAGAAAUCAUUCCAGUGUUCAAGCACCUGCCUCCCAUCAAGACCUAUCUCCUGAACAGUUAGGUUACACCGUUCCUGCCUCCUGGCUGGGUCCUACUCUGCUGGAGCAGUCUCUUUUGCAGACCAGAUUCUAUGCCUUUUACCUUGCCAGUACACUCCUCGACACUCUCUGUGAUCACUUUUCAAUGCAGGAUGUUGGUGUAGUUGAAGGCAAUGUCGCAAUCACGAGCUCUGCGACACCCACUGAGCCGCUGACACAACCAGCCGGGACUGUCCUGCGUCUUGCAGAUCGUGUCCCGCCUUGUCGCACGUUUGACCUCACCAAGGUCCAGAUGCCAAUCGAGUGUUCCUUUGAUGACGUUGCCCCUCUUUUGCGUCUUGGCCAAUGGCAUCUUGAUCCGCUGCCUGCCCUUGAAUAUCCCUGCCACGUUCCAGAAUGGCUCCGAUCAAUUAGCGCUGCAGACGAUAGUUUUGCAUAUGCUGACAUUCACGGUGUCGAAAUCUAUACUGAUGGCUCGUUUGACGGGGAACAAGCAGCUUGGGCCUUCCAUGUGUGUGCCCACACUAAUGGAGGAACCUUUCACCUAGGCUGGCAAGGCGCCCGCCUCGCAGCAGACCCUGCCUGCUUUGACUACAUAGGGGAGCACGACACCGGGGCUUUCUCAGCUGAAGUCGCCGCUCUCUUCUGGACGGCAUGCUGGUGCCUCCAACUACCCCAAUAUGCCAGCGUAGAUGUCUGCUCAUCUGCUCUGACUGCGCCUCAGCCAUCGCCAUCUUCGACAGUACCGGCGGCGGGUACCCCCAGGAUACUCUAUCGGGCAAAUGCCGAGCUGCCUCACAGCUUCUCUCUUCUGUCCAUAGUGGAACCCGGCGGACACGCCACACUCGCUCCCAUGUCGGCAACCCAGGGAAUGAGGUCGCUGACUGCCUUGCCAAAGCUGCCUGCCGAGGCCGGGGUGCGUGCGACCCCAUUGCAAUGCGACAGAUUGCGCAGCUCGCUGGUCGUGAUUCAUUCCACUGGCUCUGGCUUACAGUUGAGGCUACGCUUCGUCCUGAUGCGUGGCCCGCCCUAUCGGGGCAGUCCCUAG